CCUCGAAGUCGAUCGAGCCAAGGGCACAGAAAGUCCUCCGUUGUUCGUUUUUCGCUUUUCGCCUUCACCGAACAGAGCCAGCGUCUAAAACCCUUAAAUUCCCACUUCGUCAACUUCUUUCCGGCGAGCUCCGGCGCCAUGAGUCGCUACGACAGCCGCUCCUCCGAUCCCACUUCUUAUCGCGACCGUAGAAGUGAUUCAGGUUUUGGUGGGUCUACAGGCUAUAGCAGUUCUGUUCGAUCCUCCUCUAGCAAGAAUGAUUAUUAUGCAUCUGAGGGCCCAAAAAAGGUGGAUUUGGAUGGAUUGCCUCAUUUUGAGAAGAACUUCUACAUUGAGGCUCCAUCAGUGGCGGCAAUGACAGAGAGAGAGGUUGAGGAGUAUCGUCAAAGGAGGGAAAUUACCGUAGAAGGUCGUGAUGUUCCAAAACCAGUCAAGUCUUUCCGCGAUGUUGGAUUUCCUGAUUAUGUCAUGCAAGAAAUUGCCAAAGCUGGCUUCACUGAGCCUACUCCCAUUCAGUCGCAAGGAUGGCCAAUGGCACUCAAAGGUCGAGAUCUCAUUGGUAUUGCUGAAACGGGGUCAGGGAAGACACUUGCAUACCUUUUGCCUGCAAUUGUCCAUGUUAAUGCCCAGCCAAUUCUUUCUCCUGGAGAUGGUCCGAUUGUGUUAGUUCUAGCUCCUACUCGUGAACUUGCCGUUCAAAUACAACAAGAAGCUACAAAAUUUGGUGCAUCAUCGAAGAUUAAGAACACAUGCAUAUACGGUGGCGUUCCCAAGGGACCUCAAGUGCGUGAUCUUCAGAAAGGAGUUGAAAUUGUGAUUGCUACACCGGGAAGGUUGAUUGAUAUGAUGGAGUCACAUCAUACAAACUUGCGAAGGGUUACUUACCUUGUGCUGGAUGAGGCUGAUCGGAUGCUAGAUAUGGGAUUUGACCCUCAAAUACGAAAAAUUGUUUCACAGAUUCGACCAGAUAGACAAACGUUGUACUGGAGUGCUACCUGGCCUAAAGAAGUUGAACAAUUGGCCAGGCAGUUUCUUUACAAUCCAUACAAGGUCAUCAUUGGUUCUCCAGAUCUGAAAGCGAAUCAUGCCAUACGCCAACAUGUUGAUAUUGUCUCUGAAAAUCAGAAAUAUAACAAAUUGGUGAAAUUACUAGAGGAUAUCAUGGAUGGGAGUCGAAUCCUGAUCUUUAUGGAUACCAAGAAAGGAUGUGAUCAAAUUACCCGACAGCUUCGCAUGGAUGGUUGGCCUGCACUUUCAAUUCAUGGUGAUAAGAGUCAAGCAGAAAGGGAUUGGGUCCUCUCAGAAUUUCGGUCUGGCAAGAGUCCUAUAAUGACGGCUACCGAUGUUGCUGCUCGUGGUUUAGACGUGAAGGACGUGAAAUACGUUAUAAAUUAUGAUUUUCCUGGAUCUCUUGAGGAUUAUGUUCACCGAAUUGGUAGAACUGGAAGAGCUGGAGCGAAAGGAACUGCAUACACUUUCUUUACCGCUGCUAAUGCCAGAUUUGCAAAAGAACUUAUAGCGAUUCUUGAAGAGGCUGGACAGAAGGUUAGUCCUGAACUGGCAGCAAUGGGUCGUGGUGCACCUCCUCCUCCCUCAGGUCAUGGGGGAUUUCGAGAUCGUGGAAGGGGAUAUGGUGGAGGACGAUCAUGGAGUUGAUUUUCUAAACCUGAUCUUUCAAGUCAAUUAUUAGUCCUGCAAUCACAUGUUUGAUAUUGCUACAUAUGCACUGUGUUGCCAUUGAAAAAGUAGGUAUGCUCAAAUUACAAAGUUAACCCUUUGAACAGCUCCAUCUACUGCCACUCUUACUAACACAUGACAGGAAGAAGGUGAAAGUUCUCUGGGAUUUUGAUGUACAAGAAAGAAUUUCAUUUUUUUACCUCAAAAGAAAAAUGUUCAAGUUAAUGUGUAUUUAGUAGACAAGUUGUUCAAAUAUGCUGCAGUACUGUACCAAUGAUAUUUUCUAGUAUGUUAGAAAGUAAAUUUUCUAAUUAUUUCUGACC